GUUAACUCUCGAAUUAACCCCGAUUAAAGCAGUUAUUCCGAGUUAACGCCGCAGUCUGCCUGUUAUCUUCCGUCGAUGUGUGGAAAUAGGCCAUAAGAAAUUCCUAACGUUAUAUCGUUUAUCAAUACCAUUGGUAUUUUUUAUCGACUUUUAUAGUUGGUGUUGUUUACAAUUCACUAAGCUUAUCAUAAAUAUUGUAUUUAGAGGAUAAUAAAAAUAUUUAUCUAAAAUGGAAAAUGAGACAGAUUGUAUUGCCAGUGGUCCAAUAGGUUCGGCAGCACCGAGGGAUUCUAUUAGUAGCGCUGGUUCUUCGUUAUCUGUUAGUAGUGCGUCAAUGUCUACUAAAACGGCACUGAAUGAAUGUUCCCUGGCUUGGAUAAGUUAUCUCAAUGCUUUGAAUAGCUUAUGCAGCGCUGGAAGUAAACUAGGAAGUACAAUGACGGUACUGGAGCAGUGCGGGUUAUUUGGAGAAAAAGCGCCUAAGGGAUAUGCUGAAAAAAACUUUUUUCAUAAUCACCCAUCCUCUUACUUAACACAUUAUUGGAAUGAUUUAGCCAGAGCAACCGCAGUGGCUACAAGUACUGUGAAAGCGCAUAUCAUGGGACUUUUACAAGAAUUUGUUGUGUUAUCAACAGUUGACCCGUCCCCUAUUUGUGAAAUAGAACAAAAACGCAUAAGAGAUCACAACGAACUUAUAAUUAUGGAGAAUGCACAAGCUAUGAUAAAUAUUCAACAUCAAUUCUGCGCCGCGAGUUAUGAUGCCUUUUCAUCUUUAACGUGCUGUUUUGUCUGUCAAUCACCUGUAGGUUUUCCUCAUGAAUCGGAAUGUAUAAUGAUUAAGCAAAGUAGAUCAAAUACUGACGCUCGAUCUCAAACUCCCUCACCGAACUUUGGUGGAAUUAGCAAGCCAGACUCUUCUAGAGGUAGUUGCAUAACAGAUCAGCGGUCACAUUUCCAAAGUUCUUUAACUGGCCAGCAACUAGAUCAAUCCACAAUAUUUACAUAUUUUAUAGAUUCGAUGGAUCCCACUCGCGGACCUUCGCCACUUCAGGCUAUAUUUGAAAAUACGAAAGGUCCGUUACCAAAUCCAGGGCACUUGCUUGCAAUGAAAAGUCCAUUUUGUAAAGGAGGGAGGUCCCCAUUUAACAUUCCUUUAUUUCCGUUGAACGGGCAACGUAGAUGGUCUGAGGCCGCUGCUGGAGAAGUAACAGAUGAAAAUUCAACAGAUGUCGAAAGCCAGAUGAGACGUUGGUCUAUGCCAUGGGAAGCGGUGAAAACUGAUCAAAAUACGGUCACAUGGUAUCAAACUCGAAUAAUGCCCAUAAAUAAUAUAAGCUUACUUAAUCACAAAACGCCAUGUUCUGAUCGAAGCAUAUCCAAUACACCGGAUCUAAACUGGCAAUCUUGUGCAACAAGUCACGAUGGAUUGACGGAAGCAAUUCAGCUCCUCUCCUGCCGACCUUCAAGAAUACAAGCUCAAGUUUUACAAGGAUACACUUCGCAGCACACUAAUAUUCAAAACAUUGAAUAGUGUUUUUAUACAUAUGCUUAAAUUAAUACUUUUGCUCAAGUUAUAACUGAGUUGUAACGCAAGUUAAGAAAUAUGUACAAUUAUUAGCGCUUAUAAUAUAUGUAUGUAUGUACCUUUCAGUAAAAUUUGCAUUAGAUCUAUGUUGUUGUCCAAUUGUUGAGCCUAAUUUACCAAUCAGUUAGACAAUUAAAUUUUCCAAUUAUUCCAAGUGUCUCUUGUUAACGCGUUAAACUUCUUCACUUAGCAAUGGAUCUUCCAGUAAUAUUUUGCUCCAGCAUACGUCACAAAACUCAUCCAGUAAUGGUUUAAAAGAAAUAUUCCUGGUUUCAUAGCAUAGCUACAGUCAUUGGCCUUCUGGAUGUCCAGAUUUGGAUCCAUUGAACUACAGUUUGUGAUCACACUUGGGGAACAUGGUCUGUAUUAAUAUAUUACACGGGUCAACACAAAAUUUGACCUUAACUUUAAAGCAAUAAAUUUCCAUUGUUUAGGUCUUAAUUAGACGAAAAAAAUAUAUGCCAUGAAAAAGUUUGCUUUUUUAUUUAGGACACCGUUUUAACGAUAUUUUUUAAAAUAUGUGGUUUUAAUUUUUAAUUGAAAAUAAAAUCACUUAAUGAAACAUUUUAAUUAAGUUUUACUAUCAAAAUAACUUACAAAAAAGUAAAAAGUAACUUAAAAGUGCACACUUUUACUUUUUUUAUGUUCAUAGGUACUAUCUCUUAAUAAACCCCAAGUAUAGUCUCCCAUCAUGUUUUCAUUGUAUUGGCCUUGAUAACGUUGUUCGAAGCUCAUAAUGUCCUGGUGAAAACUUUCUCCUUGCUCUUCUGAAUACGCUCCCAUGUUGUUUUUGAAUUUAUCUAAAUGAGCAUGCAGCAUAUGUACUUUUAAUGACAUUCUGCAGCACAUGGCCUCAAAUUUUUGUAGCAUAUUUUCAACAAGGUUUUCGUAGUUUUCGGCUUUGUUGUUUCCUAAGGAUCCAGAAACGACUGCUUAGAAACUGUUCCAACUCGCUUUUUGAAUACGAUCCAUCAAUGUUGGAAAUUUCUGAUCGGCGAAAAUCUGUCUGAUUUGCGGACCAAUAAAAACCCCGGCUUUAACCUUUGUUUCGGAUAACUUCGGGAAAAAACUUUUUUAAGUAUUCAAAAGCUUCUGAGGUUUGAUCCAGUUUUUUUAACAAAUUGUAUCAUCAACUUGUUUUUUAGCUAUUAUUCGUUUAGGUAUUCCCGGUCUCAAGGGCAAGCAAUCCUUUACAUUGCAUACAUUAAAUACUAAGGCACCAAUCAAUACACCGUUUUAACGAUAUUUUUUUUAUUGUGGUUUUAAUUUUUAAUUGAAAAUGAAAUCAUUUAAAGAAACAUUUUCAUUAAGUUUUACUAUCAAAAUAACUUACAAAAAAGUAAAAAAUAAUUUAAAAGUGCACACUUUUACUUUUUCUUUUAUGUUCAUUGGUACUAUCUCUUAAUUAACCCCUAAUAUAGUAUUAUUACUAUAACUUUUACUAAAGCAAACUUUAUACGAAGUACAAAAAGUAGUAGUUAAGUACUUUCCUGUCGUUUUUGUUCAUAAUUAAUCAGAAAAUCAUAAAAAAAACUUUAGGACAAAGAAAAAAAAAUUUUGUAGAGUCCUGUUAUUUAUUAAACAAAAUGCAUCUUAUUAAAAAAAUCACUCUAGUUUCAAUUUUAUAACGACAUAAACUCGUAACAGAACUUAUAGCUGGACUAAGAUGCUGGACUGAUUUACUAAAUUAUCGUUAUUUAUAGUUUAAACAAGACCAUGAAAAGGAGGCUUAACAACAUCUUCUCAGAUAUUCCACCAUAUUUGAUAAAGACGAUUCUAAACCAGAUGGAACCAAAAUUGUGAAACAUUUCAUUGACACCGGAGAUUCAAGGCUCAUCCAACCUUCUCGUAAGUAAAUAGCAAGUCAAACCAUACGUGAAAUAAGCGUUAGCAGUGUAAUUGAACCAUCAGCGAAACCAUUUAGUUCACCUGUAGUAAUUAUGAAGGAAAAGAUGACAACAUAAGGUUCUAUAUGGACUACACAAAGUUGAGUGAUGUCACGAAGGAAGACAUUUAUCCAUUUCCUAGAAUCAAUUACACUCCGGACUCGUUGUAAGGCAAGAAUUGAUCUGGUGGAUUGCUGGAGGUAAACGAAGCCUAAGAAAAUUCGGCUUUCAGAGUUGGAGAUGGCCUAUCGCAAUUCACCGUAAUGCCAUUUCGUUUAUGUAACGCUCUGCCACUUUUGAGAGACUUAUGAACCAAUUAUUGAAAGUAUUGCACUGGAAGACAUGUUUGGUGAACCUAGACAAUAUCAUCGUAUUGGAUAAAAGAUUUGAUGUAUGUAU